UCUGCUUUCAUUCUGUCUUGGAUUCUUGCACUGUGCGGUUCGUUGCGGCUGCUUCGUUGUCUUGUCGCCAAUUCGCUCUGUGGCUCUUACGUCGUGCACAUCGUUCGGUCGUGUCGCGCGUCGCUUUGAAAUUUUUGUAGCCCUCACAACAUAAGCAGCAAAUGCAAAACGCACCAAAUUUCGAGUGUGCAACAAAUAAUUUGAAUACGAAUUAAAAAGAAUGUUCAGUGUGUAAAAAGAAGCAAAGCUGCCAAUACUACAAUUUCAAAUCAAAAUAUUUUGGUAGCCACAAAUUACAAAAAAAAAGUGCAUGAACAAAAAAUAAAUCAAAUAAUUUGUUUUCCAAAUGGUUUUUUAAAAGAGCAUCAACCCAAGGCAAAUACAAUUUUUGCAUGUGUCGCGUGUGUCUCUAUGGCUCGGCUGAGUGCGAUUUUUAUUUAGCAAUUUUCUAGCGGCACUUUUGCCCCUAUCGCUCGCCCCCGCUGUGAGCGUGAGCAGGAGACGGCCGAAAAUUCGCCCAAAGCAAAAUCCGCCGAAUUCUUGUCCCACAACAGAGAAGCUAACGCAAAGCAAUUGAAAAUGUGGCGCGUGCACGUGUAAAACAAAAUAAUAAUAAUAAAAGCACAUACACAUACUAAAGCAACAACAACAAAAUGCACAUAACAGCAACACCGAAUUGCCAAAGCAUGUGCCGCAGUUAGCUGCAAAAGAGAAUUGCCAAAAAUACAAUAAACUACUAUUUUUAUGUUGUAACCGAGUGUGUGCGUGUGAGUGAAGCAGCAACAACAGCAAGGCCGCCCCACUAAGGAUUAUUACACUAAUAAUAACACACACCCAACACAACACAACACAACUAAACAGCAUUUUGUUUAUUACAACAACCAGCAACCAGCGAAGCAACAAUAACAGCAAUAAACAUGCAGUGGAUUAAAUGUUUAUUAACCGCAUUUAUUUGCUUCACAGUCAUUGUGCAGGUUCACAGUUCCGGCAAUUUUGAAUUGCGGCUGAAAUACUUCAGCAAUGAGCACGGCAGGGACAACGAGGGCCAUUGCUGCACUGGUGAAAAGGAUGCGACGACGGGCAAGUGCAUCGGCACCUGCAAGACGAGAUUUCGGGUCUGCCUGAAGCACUACCAGGCGACCAUUGACACCACAUCGCAGUGCACGUACGGUGAUGUGGUUACGCCCAUUCUGGGCGAGAACUCCUUCAAUCUGACGGAUGCGCAAAGCUUGCAGAGCAGAGGCUUCACGAAUCCCAUACAGUUCGCCUUCACCUUUGCCUGGCCGGGCACCUUCACGCUGAUCGUCGAGGCCUGGCACGAUACGAACAACAGCGCCAAUGCGCGCACCAACAAUCUGCUCAUACAACGCCUGUCCGUGCAGCAAGUGCUGGACGUCUCGACCGAGUGGAAGACGAACAAAUCCGAAUCUCAAUACACAUCGCUCGAAUACGAUUUUCGCGUCACCUGCGAUCCGCACUAUUACGGCGCCGGGUGUGCGAAUCUGUGCCGGCCGCGGGACGAUCAGUUCGGGCACUACACAUGCUCCGAGACGGGCGAAAUUAUCUGCCUGACCGGCUGGCAGGGCACGUACUGCGAGAAACCCAAAUGCGCCAAAGGCUGUGUCCAUGGUCAGUGCGAUAAGCCGAAUCAAUGCAUCUGCCAGAAGGGCUGGCGCGGACCGCUGUGCGACGAGUGCGCCCCGUAUCCGAGCUGCGUGCACGGGACAUGCAACAAGCCCUGGGACUGCAUCUGCAACGAGGGCUGGGGCGGCCUGUUCUGCAACCAGGAUCUGAACUACUGCACGAACCACCGGCCCUGCAUGAACGGCGGCACCUGCUUCAACACCGGCCAGGGCCUGUACACGUGCCAGUGUGCGCCUGGGUACAGCGGCAACGAUUGCCAGACGGAAAUCAACUCGUGCGACGCGGACGUGAAUCCCUGCCAGAACGGCGGCACCUGCGUGGACGAGGCGACGCAGCGCGGCUACAAGUGCGUCUGCCCCAAGGGCUGGAACGGUCGCAUGUGCGAGGAGAAGCUGCUCACCUGCGCGGACAAGCCGUGCCACCAGGGCCGCUGCCGCAACACCAGCAGCAACAGCAAGCAGGGGUUUCAGUGCGAGUGCCCCACCGGCUACAGCGGACCCACCUGCGAGCUCCACCUAGACAACUGCAGUCCGAAUCCCUGCCAGAACGGCGGCACCUGCCAGCCAAGCGGUAAAUGCACCUGCCCCGACGGCUACACGGGCGCCAAGUGCGAGCAGAACAUCGACGACUGCGUCGGCCACAAGUGCCAGAACGGCGGCACCUGCAUCGACAUGCUCAACCAGUAUCGCUGCCAGUGCGUGCCCGGCUUCCACGGGCCGCGCUGCAGCAGCCGCGUGGACCUGUGCCUGACCAAGCCGUGCGCCAACGGCGGCAGCUGCACCAACCUGAACAACGACUACCAGUGCGCGUGCCGUGCGGGCUUCACCGGCAAGGACUGCUCCAUCGACAUCGACGAGUGCGGCAGCCUGCCCUGCCACAACGGCGGCACCUGCAUGAAUCGCGUCAACAGCUUCGAGUGCGUCUGCGCCAACGGCUAUCGCGGGCGGCAGUGCGACGAGGAGUCGUACGAGUCGGUCUCCUUCGGCGCCCAUCAGUAUGGCGCCACGACGCAGGCGCGCGCCGAUGGCCUGACGAACGCCCAGGUUGUGCUCAUCGCCAUCUUCUCUGUGGCCAUGCCGUUGGUGGCUGUGAUUGCCGCCUGCGUGGUGUUCUGCAUGAAGCGCAAGCGGAAGCGCGCCCAGGAGAAGGACGACGCCGAGGCCCGGAAGCAGAACGAACAGAAUGCGGUGGCCACGCUCCAUCACAAUGGCAGCGGCGUCGGCGUCGGCGUGGCCGUCGGCCUGCCCGCCGGCACGCUGGGCGUCAAGCGCGGCAGCAGCGGCGGCCUGACCUUCGACAACAGCAAUCCCAACAUCAUCAAGAACACGUGGGACAAGUCGGUGAACAACAUCUGCGCCUCGGCCGCCGCCGCCGCUGCGGCUGCUGCUGCCGACGAGUGCCGCAUGUAUUCCGGCGCGCUGGCCAACUACGCCGCCGCGGCGGACAACAACGCCAACUCGGAGUUCUGCGGCGUGGGCCAGCUGGCGCCGCUGCAGCGCGCCAAGUCGCAGAAGCAGCUCAACACGGAUCCCACGCUGAUGCAUCGCGCCUCGCAGCUGCUGUCCGCGGGCGCUGGAGCUGCCGGAGCGGCGGCGGCGGCGGCAGCAGCAGCGGCUGCGUCUGCCGGCUCAACCAAAGACUACAGCGCGUCAGGCGCGGGCGCGGGCACGGGCAGCAGCGAGGCCAAGGGCAAGCGCAUCUCGGUGCUGGGCGAGGGCUCCUACUGCAGCCAGCGCUGGCCCUCGCUGGCCGCGGCGGGCGUGGCUGGCGCCUGCUCCUCGCAGCUGAUGGCCGCCGCCUCGGCGACGGGCAGCGGCUCGGCGACGACGCAACGCACGGUUGUCUGCGGUACGCCGCACAUGUAAGCAAAGACUGGCGAGGGACAGAGAGGGAGACAGAGAGGGAGAG